GUGGGAUCAGUUUCCGGCGGUGGCGAUGGCGGCCGAGAUGGAUCCCGAUCUGGCGCGGCAGCUGUUCGCGGAGGGCGCGGCCGUGGUGGUGUUGGCCCUGCCCGAGGGCGCGGAGUUCGGCAUCGACUGCGGCGCGUGGCGCGUGGGGCCGCGGUUCCGCGGGAUGAAGAUGGUGCCGCCGGGGCUGCACUUCGUGCACUGCAGCGCGGGCCGCGGCGGCGAGACGGGGCCGCGCUCCGGGCUCUUCCUCAGCCUGCGGCGCCGCGAGGUGCGGCCGCUGCGCUGGGACGCGGCCCUCGAGGCCCUGCGGCCGCUGCCGGAGGGGGACGGCGAGGCGCUGCGGGAGAACCUGCGGGAGCUCGACCCGUUCCUGGGGCCGUACCCGUACGAGAGCCUGAAGAGGUGGGUGUCCCUCAGCGGGUGCCUCAGCGAGGCGGCGGUGGAGAUGCUGCAGCCCGAGAGCGGGCUCGUCUGCGCCUUCUCGGAGGUGCUGCCGGUGGCGGCGGGGCGGCACAGCAGGGACCGGGCCGAGCAGCACCUGCCCCGCUUCGACGCCGAGUGCCAGAGCUACGCCGAGGGGCUGGCGAGGCUGCCCCGCAUGGAGCCGCGGGCCGGCACCCGCAUCAGGUUCACGGAGCUGCCCGAGCAGACGUACCCCGACGGAGCCACACCGCAGGAGAUAACCCGGCACAGCAUGGACCUCAGCUAUGCUCUGGAGAAAGUGAUCGAGCAGCGGUACGCCAGCCAGCCUCGGGAUCUGCUUGCCGAGUUGCAGUUUGCUUUCAUCUGCUUCCUGAUCGGGAACGUGUACGAUGCUUUUGAGCACUGGAAAAGACUUUUGAACAUCCUGUGCCGAUCUGAAGAUGCCAUAGGGAAGUACCAAGACCUUUACAUCAAUCUCAUUUCGGUGCUGUAUCACCAGCUCAAUGAAAUCCCAGCUGAUUUUUUUGUGGACAUUGUCUCCCAGGACAACUUUUUAACCAGCACUUUACAGGUGUUUUUUUCCUGCACGUGCAGCGCUGCUGUUGAUGGGACCCUAAGGAAGAAGGCUGAAAAAUUCAAGGCUCACCUGACGAAGAAAUUUAAAUGGGACUUUGAGGCAGAGCCUGACGACUGUGCUCCUAUAGUGGUAGAACUUCCUGAGGGCGUGCAGGUGGACUAAGCAAAAUGAUUGCUUAGAAACAGCUUUUUACAGUAACUCUCCAACCUUGUGAGCUUCCUAAGGUAUGUUUGUGAGGCUGACGACUCUUUCUGCCAUGGAGGCAGAUGUGGAAAACCCAGGAGGAUUCCUAAUUUUGUAAGGAGACCAGAAUUAUUGGAGGAGUUUGAGUAUUGCCAUGCAGUUACUUCGGGCACCGUGUUUUCUCCCCUAGCUCUCCUGCAGAUUCUCCUUGUUCUGGACACAGGUAAACUCUACAUCCCGGCUCCCUUACCUCCUCCUGGGCUGGAGGGGUCGCCCUGUUUGGAGGCCAGCUGUGCUUCACACUUGAAGCCUCUGCUGCUCCGAUUUGGUGCCUCCUGAGCGAGCAGUUUUAAGCCCACGGGACUGGUUAUUGAAGCUUUUGACAGCCUGGACCCAGGCUGUGAACUGAGCAGCUCUGCUCUUCCUAGGCUCCCGUUGCAGGGAGGUAACCUCAACUGUUGCAAAACUGUGUUGGAUGCUUAUGCUGCUCACUGUGAUAUAUUGCAGUGACCUCUUUUGGAGGAGGAUUCAAAGCCACAGCAGAAUUCCUCCCAUUUCAUACCCCUAAUACCUUAUCCGUACUGUUCUGUAAAAACCUUUUGUAUUUACUACUGACUCUCUGUUUAAGCCCAGUGUAAAAGAAAGUUAACAGUUUGGUAACAAGAAAUAGAGUUAUUGAACACGUAUGUCUUGAAGAAGAGAGCCAGUGUGAGAAAAAAGGUUGGACUUCCACAUGAACUGAAUCCUCUGGUUUGUGACGGCUGGAAAUCUUGUGUAUUUUCACUGGUGCCAGUCCCUUCUUUCUCCUCGUUUUCCACAGGCAGGCUGUAAGGAAACGUGUGGUGCUUGUUCAGAGCUGCACAGGGACUCAGUCCUGCCACUUGCUUGGUAUUUCCUCGGCUCUUAGACUCCUUCAGGAGUUUGUCUGUAUGCAUUUCUAAUGAGAUAAUGCUGUUUGUUUGUCUUUUCUAGCUCAAAAUAAAUCUCAAGAGACCCUUGCCUACAGAAAACAUCCACGUGAAUGGUUGUUUAGUUAUUUAGCCAAAGCUUGUGGUGCAGUGACACUGCCCUCUCUCUCACUGGGAUUUCUGGUGUCCCCUGAAGGGACCUCACAGUGGUAUUGGGGACAUCCUAGGACAAUUCACAGUACAGCGGUACACAGCAUGGCACAAAGGGCAGCGUGUUCUGGGAAGCAGGUAUAUGAUGCGGUGGUUGCAGGUAAUCAGGAAUCAGCUGCUGGAAGCCCUCAUCUCCCACUCGGUGCUGUCCCUCGCUGCCCUCCAGGGCUCUGCACUUCAUGACUCCCGUGUCGCGAUGUCUGUUCCGAAUGCACUCCGUGUUAACUGCAGGCCCAUAGGGGAGGGUACUCCGAUUUGGCACGUGCUUGGUUCUCAAGUCUUGCUUUCUAUGCUGUCUUGUCCUUUACACCUCUGAGAUCUUCAGUACAGAGCUUUGGCUGUACUUUCCUCUUGUCUUGCUCUUUGUGUCCACAGGCAGCGUUAGUGCCAUCUUUGCACCUGCCAGUUGGACAAAUAAUUUGUGAUGAAUGGUCCUAGCUUUCAUCAAAGAUGCCUUUUCCGUCGUCUGGCUCUUUGCACCGACCUGAUAGCUGGUUCUGUUCCGUCGGAGCAGGACACCAGGCACUGCUGUGAGUAGGAAGUAGUGAAGUCAGCAUAGAGCCUGAGAACCUGCCUGGGUGGAAGGCAGAGGGGCACAGCGCUGUGCAGCUGCAAACCAAUCUCACCAGGCACUGUUGGGGCUUUGCAGGCUGUCCUGGUGGUGCCACCCUUGUUUGAUGGGCAUGGUAAUUUGGGUGUGUCGUCACCAUCCAGAGGGACCUGACAGGCUGGAGAGGUGAGACUCUGGGAACCUUAUGGAGUUCCACAAGGCCAAGGGCAAGGUCCUGCACGUGGGUUGGGGCAAUCCCGGCACAAAGCCAGGUUGGAUGAAAAAUGGAUUGGGAGCUGCCCUAAGGAGAAGGGCUUGGGGUGCUGGGGGAUGAGAAGCUCCACAUGAGCUGCCAGUGUAUGCUCACAGCCCAAAAAGCCGAACUGUGUCCUGGGCUGCAUCCAAAGUGGUGGGACCAGCAGGGCCAGGGAGGGGGUUCUGCCCCUUUGCUCUACCCUGGUGAGACCCCACCUGGAGCCCUGCAUCUAGUUCUGGAAUCCGGAGUACAGGAAGCACAUUGAUGUAUUGGAGCGAGUCCAGAGGAGGCCACGGGAUGAUGCGAAGGCUGGAGCACCUCCCGUAUGAGGACAGGCUGAGGGAGUUUGGGGUUCAGAGUUUGGGAUGAUUGGAAACUGAAGCACCUCCUGUAGAAGGACAGGCUGAGAGUUGGGGUUGUUCAGCCUGGAGAACAGAAGGCUGUGGGGAGACCUUGGACCAACUUUCAGUACUGAAAGGGGCUCCAAGAAAGCUGGGGAGGGGCUCUGGAUCAAGGAGUGCAGGGAUGGGAUGAGAGGGAAGGGUUUUGGACUGAAAGAGGGGAGACUGAGAGGAGAUCUUAGGAAGAAGAAGGGGAGGCCCUGGCCCAGGUUGCUCAGAGCAGUGGUGGCUGCCCCAUCCCUGGAGGUGUUCCAGGCCAGGUUGGAUGGGGCUUGGAGCAACUGGAUCCAGUGGGAGGUGUUCCUGCCCAUGGCAGGGUGUUGGAACUGGAUGAGCUUUGAGGUCUUUUCCAACCUAAACCAUUCUGGGAUUUUAUGAGGAAAGAGAAAAUAAUUGUUCUUCCAUUGUGCUUUCUUCCUUUUUGUCAGGUUGCUAUAGAGAGAGGUAAUAUUUCUUAUCAGACCCACAAAGUAGGUGGGGGGAAACGCCUCUGGGGGCCUGUUUUACAUCCAUUCCCUUUGGGUGUGAAACAGAAGCUGUGAACUUUCAGUUAAAUAAAGGUUGAGGUGUUGAGAAUUCAACUUUAUUCCAUGAAUCAUUUGCGCACUGAGGGGAAGGUAAGCUGGAGCAUGUGAAGCAACAUGUGUUGGAUGUUUGCAAGGUGGAGGUUAAAAAUUUUGGGAGGGAAAAGAGUGCUGCUGUUACCAUUUUAGUCAGCAGGAGGGAGAGUGUAAAAGGGAAGGGGUAAGACGUAGUAGAAGGAACGUUUUCUUGCUCCUACGUAGCCUUAGGCGAGGAUUGACUGUGAUAGCACUGGCCCUUCUUCCAGCUGAGAUGAACGUAAUGAUCUGAGAGUGGAAGAGCGAUUGUGUGUGUAUGUAAACAAGCAUUGCUGUGAGCUAAUGAAGUGUAAUAUGUGAUGUGUUUGCAGCACUGAUCCAGCGAUGAAUUAGGGUCAGGACAAGUAGCUUUUGGUGCAUUGUGAAGCACCACUGAAGCAUGAGGUACAUUGGCCUCCUGCUUACGCAGAGAGUUGUCCAGCUGCCAGAGUUGUGCCAGAGAGGCAGACUGGCAUCGUUCCCAUCCUGUGACACUGUCACAGGCUGUGCUGAAGCGUGGGCCCUGCCAUGCCUUGGGUGAGGGUACUCCUUGUGGAUCAGCAGUGGCUCCAGCUGAUCACCGGGUACACCAGAAGAUGCACCGCAUGCUUCAUUGAGGACACAAAGACCAGUGUGAGUGAUUCCAGCCCUGAGAGCUGCUCCUCCUUUUUUUUUUCCACUUGCCCACAGGCUCAGUAGCAUUCGCUAAACCCAAGUUUGGAGACUUUUGUCCUGUAUGCGGGCUCUGCGUUGUUCUGCACCACCCCAAAGAGACUUGAUUUUUAUUCCAUCAACUGUUUAAAUGCAGAGAUGUGGAAUGUUGCCACCUGAGGUGUGGAAUGCGGCCUUCCUCUUCCAGUGGUGUAGUUCACCCUUUUCUCAUUGGGAAGAGAAAUGGUGCCUCUUGCUUUCCUGGUUCAUGCAGCUUCCUUGGGGAUUUGUACCACCUCCUCCCCAGCUGCCAGAAAAGCACCCAGACCGCUUCAGUUUUCUUCAGUUGGUUUUCUGCUAAUGACUUUGUUGUGUCGCUGAAAACAGCUGGAUGGAAAAAGCCGUGUGGCUGUUGGUCAGCAGUGGCUGAACAUGAGCCAGCAGUGGCCCAGGUGUCCAAGGAGGCCACCAGCCUCCUAGCUUGGAUCAGCCAUGGGGUGGGCAGCAGGAGCAGGGAAGGGAUUGUCCCCCUGUGCUCGGUGCUGGUGAGGCUGCAUCUCGAAUCCUGGGUCCAGUUUUGCGCCCUUCACUCCAGGAAAGACUUUGAAGGGCUGGAGCACGUCUGGAGAAAGGAACGGAGCUGGGGAAGGGUCUGGAGAACAGGGGUUGUGGGAGCGGCUGAGGGCCCUGGGGCUGUUUAGCCUGGAGAAGAGUAGGAUGAGGGGAGACCUCAUCGCUCUCUGCAGCUCCUGAAAGGAGAUUGUGGGGAAGAAGGUGCUGGGUUCUGCUCCCAAGUAACAAGGGUGGGAUAAGAGGAAACAACCUCAAGUUGUACCAAGGAAGGUUUAGAUUGCAUAAUAGGAAAAAUUUCUUUACCAAGUGUGUGGUGAGGCGCUGAAACUGGCAGCCCAGAGCAAUGGUGGAGUCCCCAUCC